AUGAAAACCAUGGAACAGCUGCAAGAGAUCGCCGACUCUCUAACUCUGCAAGAGAUGAGGAACUUGAAGGAGGAAGCUGGUUACUACCGUUCCGGCUUCCCGUACCCGCUCGACUCCGAGUCUCCGUGGUUCUACAUCAAGUAUGGCAAGCACUCGUCGGCGUUGACAAGAAUGGAGGCCGAAACACGAGAAUUUACUUACAACGCCCUGCAAGAAAUAUCCCUGUCAGCUGUCAACAAGGAUAGCCUCCCCUGCGUCCCUAAGAUAUUCCGCGUGAUUUGGCCAGAUUUUGUCGUCAUGGAAUAUAGGGAAGGACGAACACUCCAAAAACUCGCAGAGACAUUGCCUUGGGAGGAACAGCUUUCGUACAUCCGACGCAUUGCAAAAGCCAUCGACAUCCUUCUGAGCAUUCCCAUACCAGCCGAUGCGACCCCCGGACCUUACGGAGGGGGCCUUAUCCUGCACCCCCUCUUCAAGGAUGCGGAGGCGCCGAAGCUGUUCAAGGACGUCGCUUCUCUGCGAGCGCAUGUGAAUUAUAUGAGCGGCAUGCCUCAAAACCACCCGCCCCCCUCGGGUGCCCCACCACGGCCACAAUGUGCCCUCGACAGCAGGCUCUAUCUAGUCUGGGGGGACUUUAACCCUGGCAACUUCAUCUUUGAUGCGAAUGGGUUUCUUUGUUUGAUCGACUUUGAAAACGUCAAUCUUUUGCCGCUUUGCUUCCAGACAUACGCACUGCACUACGGAUUCCCAAUCUCAACGCAAUAUGGGUGGGCUGUGUCCGACGCGAUGGAGACGGCACUGCCCACCCACAAUAUGGAAACGUUCAUCAGAGCACAUACUUGGUUCGUCAGAUGUGCUGCUUGGAUGGGAGUACCAGAAGAAGAGAGGUACCGCAAGGUCCAUAAAUACAUUGUCCCUGACGACAUCAAAAGAGCUGGCUCGAAGCUGCACCAGCCGCCGUGA